CAAGGGUGUCUGUAAAGCUAAAGAAUAUCAGCAGGUCUUUUUGUGCUCUCCCAAGCUUCCCCUGACUUGUUGACAGCUAACGUUAGCUAGCUACCGUACGCUAUAACCAGCUGAUAACGUUACUGGGUUUAGGAAGGUUACGUAAUGUUAGCGAACUGAACUUGGUUGUUUUCAAUAUGUAUCUACUUACUAAAUGUCAUUUUCACUAGCUACAAGCAAUGGGGGACUUUCAGCAAUUUGAACAGGACUUCUACCAGUCAGGGUAUUACAUCGAUGACCAGGGACAGGUGGCCUACGACUAUGGCGAUGGCUAUGACCAUAACCCAGAGUAUGAGGAUGAUGGCAUAGACGUGUCCAUGCCUGGUGUGUUCACCCCCUCUCCGGGCCAGGCCUUCCAGCCUUCAAAGCCUGCUGGGACAUAUCUAUACACAGCUGGAACAGACGGAUCAUUUGAAGAGGAGCCUCCGUUGCUGGAGGAGCUUGGCAUUAAUUUUGAACACAUAUGGCAGAAGACGUUGACAGUGCUGAACCCUAUGAUGCCAGCAGAUGGCAGCAUCAUGAAUGAGACCGACCUGACGGGCCCUAUUCUGUUCUGUAUCGCUCUGGGUGCCACUUUACUUAUGGCAGGCAAAUCCCACUUUGGCUAUGUCUAUGGGAUCAGUGCCAUCGGCUGCAUGGCGAUGUACACCCUGUUGACCAUGCUGAGUUCCCUGACUGUGUCCUAUGGCUGUGUAGCCAGCGUUCUGGGCUACUGCCUCCUACCCAUGGUGGCACUAUCUGCAUUCGCAGUCAUCUUUUCCCUACAAGGGAUCAUUGGAACUGUCCUGGCCUUGCUGGUGAUUGGCUGGUGCAGUUUCUCAGCUUCCAAGAUCUUCAUCUCCACUCUGGCUAUGGAGGGCCAGCAGCUGUUGGUAGCGUACCCCUGUGCCCUGCUUUAUGGAGUCUUUGCCUUGCUAACAGUGUUCUAAAGGCCACUACUGUCGCUGACUGUCAACAGAGAUCCCAUUUCUGAGGCACUACAUAUCCCAUAUGGGUAUCAGUGCUGUAUAUGGGUGUGAAAAUAACAUUGAGUUAUAUAGAGUUGUAUUCCUUUCUUUUUUUUAAAUGGGGACUUGUUUUUUUCAUGGGGGUUACUUUACAUCGUGAAAAAUUUAAUCUGGGUGUGUGAUUGGUUGACAUUUGUGCAUUGGAAUGUGCCAAUAAAUGUAAUUUGAAACGUUACAUUGUGUCAAAAGGCAACACUGACAUAAAUUUGAAUUAUGGAACCAACAAAGACCAUGUUUAAAAACUAAAUAAAGUUGAAUAGCUUAUCUAAAAAAAGUGUUUUUUACAGUAAUCCAGUGUUUAAAAAAACAACACUACAAGUACGUUUUACUCAAUGUAUGUGAACACCUGCUAGCUGAACAUCUCAUUUCAAAAUCAUGGGCAUUAAUAUGGAGUCGGUAGUCGAUCGCUCAUUUGCUGCUAUAACAGCCUCCACUCUUCUGGGAAGGCUUUCCACUAGAUGUUGGAACAUUUCUGCUGGGACUUGCUUCCAUUCAGACACGAGCAUUAGUGUGGUUGGGCACUGACAUUGGGCGAUUAGGCCUGGCUCGCAGUCAGCGUUCCAAUUCAUCCCAAAGGCGUUCGAUGAGGUUGAGGUCAGGGUUUUGUGCAGGCCAGUCAAGUUUUUCCACACUGAUCUAGAGCUUUGUGCACAGGGACAUUGCCAUGCUGAAACAGGAAAGGGCCUUCCCCAAACUGUUACCACAAAGUUGAAAGCACAGAAUCAUCAAGAAUGUCAUUGUAUGCUGUAGCGUUAAGAUUUCCCUUCACUGGAACUAAGGGGCCUAGCCUGAACCAUGAAAAACAGCCCCAGACCAUUAUUCCUCCUCCAACAAACUUUACAGUUGUCACUGCCAUUUGGGCAGGUAGUGUUCUCCUGGCAUCCGCCAAACCCAGAUGUGUCCAUCGGACUGCCAGAUGGUGAAGCGUGAUUCAUCACUCCAGAGAACUGCUCCAGAGUUCAAUGGCGGCUUGCUUUACACCAGUCCAGCCGACAGUUGGCAUUCCGCAUGGUGAUCUUAGGCUUGUUUGCAGCUGCUCAGCCAUGGAAACUCAUUUCACAAAGUUCUGAUGAACAGUUAUUGUGCUGAAGUUGCUUCCAGACACUUAUAGCCAGAAAGCUGUCUUAGAGCAGGUUUAACCUCUCUACUGUUAGAAAGCCGGAUCAACUCAGAAUACCUAAGAGUGAAUUAAACUAUUUUGAAAAAGCAAUUAAGGGAAUAAACUGGAAUGAUCUCUUGUCCUAUACAGACGUGGAAGCUGAUAGUCAGGUUUUUCUAUCCACAAUCCAGACUACAAUAAAUGGCUUCCUAAAGAAAAUCAAAUCCAAACCUGGCCAAAAGAGCACUCUUCCUUGGCUAAAUGGAGAAAUCUGGAAAUUUAAUGAAAGAACGAGAUUAUGCUCUAAAAAUAGCCCUAAAAUCUAAAUUAGAGCAUGACAGACGUAGGUUUACCAUGUUGAGAAAUAAGGUGAUGAAAGAAAUCAGACAGGCCAAGGCAAACUUUUUUAUUAACAUAAUUGGUGAAGCAAAGGGAAAUUCUAAAUUGUUAUGGGAGAAUCUAAAAAAGUUAACAGGGAAAGACCAUAGUAACACUGCAAAAAGACUAGAAAUCAUGGUGAAUAAAUCUAUCAAUCUAACACAGGAUGCAGUCGAAAUAGCAAUAGCCUUCAAUUCCUACUUUAUUGACUCUGUCAGGGUACUGACACAGAACCCCUCCACUGGUUUCUCGGGCUCAGUGCUAGUGAAUGACACUCAACCUGUCUUCAUCAUAAGGGAGGUUUCUGAGUCAAAGGUGAACAAGGUGAUUAGCUCACUAAAGAACUCUAAAGCCAAAGAUGUGUUUGGGAUGGACUCUACCUUUCUUAAAAACUACAAAGAGUCACUCAUUGGCCCCAUUACUAAGGUCACCAACACAUCUAUUGGUCUCGGUGUGUUUCCAAGGGUAUGGAAGUCGGCCAUAAUAACGGCCAUCUUUAAAUCAGGCGACCCUGCUGACGUGAGUAACUACAGGCCCAUUAGUAUACUACCUGUGGUGUCAAAGGUUGUUGAAAAGUGUGUAGCAGAACAACUGAUUGCCCACCUCAACAACAGCCCCUUCACAUUACACUCCAUGCAGUUUGGCUUCAGAGCGAAACACUCCACAGAAACGGCCAACUGCGUUCUUCUGGAAAAUGUGAAGUCCAAGAUGGACAAAGGGGGUGCUGUUGGGGCUGUGUUUCUGGACCUAAGGAAGGCUUUUGAUACUGUUAACCAUGAGAUUCUCAUCACAAAAUUGUCCAAGUUCAACUUUUCCCCUGAUGCCUUGAGAUGGAUGAAAUCAUACCUUGAAGGCAGAACUCAGUGUGUCAGAGUGAGCAAUGAGCUGUCGCCCACUCGUAGCUAUGAUGUGGGCGUGCACCAAGGGUCAAUACUGGGGCCCCUCCUGUUCAGCCUGUACAUUAAUGAUCUGCCUUCUGUCCGUACUGGGUCUGAAGUUCAAAUGUAUGCAGAUGAUACAGUGAUAUAUGUGCAUGCAAAGAGCAAACAACAAGCUGCACAAGAACUCACUACUGUAAUGGUCCAGGUUACAAAGUGGCUCAGUGACUCGUGUUUGCAUCUCAAUGUGAAAAAAACUGUUUGCAUGUUCUUCACAAAGAAGGCAACAGAUGCUACUGAGCCAGAUGUCUAUGUGUCAGGGGAGAAGCUCCAGGUGGUAUCCGAUUUUAAGUACCUUGGCAUCAUACUUGAUUCCAACCUCUCUUUUAAAAAGCAUGUGAAAAAGGUAAUUCAAAUAACCAAAUUCAACCUAGCUAAUUUCGGAUUUAUACGAAAUUGUUUGACUACAGAGGUAGCAAAACUGUACUUCAAAUCUAUGAUACUCCUCCACUUAACAUACUGCUUGACUAGUUGGGCCCAAGCUUGCUGUACAACAUUAAAACCUAUUCAGUCUGUCUACAAACAGGCUCUCAAAGUGCUUGAUAGGAAGCCCAAUAGCCAUCAUCAUUGUCACAUCCUUAGAAAGCAUGAGCUCUUGAGUUGGGAAAAUCUUGUGCAAUACACCGACGCAUGUCUUGUAUUCAAGAUCCUUAAUGGCCUGGCUCCCCCUCCACUCAAUAUUUUUGUUAAACAGAAAACCCAGACAUAUGGCAGCAGAUCCACAAGGUCUGCCAUGAGAGGUGACUGUAUAGUUCCCCUAAGGAAAAGCACCUUUAGUAAAUCUGCAUUCUCUGUGAGAGCUUCCCAUGUCUGGAAUACACUGCCAUCAGACACACAUAACUGCACCACAUAUCACACUUUCACAAAAUGCUUGAAGACAUGGCUAAAGGUAUAUCAGAUUUGUGAACAUGGUCCCUAGCUGUGUGUUGCCGCUUUCCAUGUUGUCUGUUGUUUGUAGCUUGUGUGGUGUGGAAACACUUUGUUGCUUUUAUGAAUUUUGUCUUGCUGCUUUUUGUUCUAUGUUGCUCUGUCUGUAUGCUACGUCUUGCUUGUCCUAUGUUGCUCUGUCUGUAUGCUAUGUCUUGCUUGUCCUAUGUUGCUAUGUCUUGCUUGUUCUAUGUUGCUAUUGUCUAUAUUGUAAUUGUUUUUAAUAACCUGCCCAGGGACUGCGGUUGAAAAUUAGCCGGCUGGCUAAAACCGGCACUUUUACUGAAACGUUGAUUAAUGUGCACUGUCCCUGUAAAAAUAAAAAUAAACUCAAACUCAAGACACA